AGGUCACCUGCGAAUGUUGCCACUCCGACGAUUGUGUCCACAUCGCCCACAGCUGCCUUCGUCAGUGGAGGACCUGUUUCCACGUCGCUGCAAGCCCCUCCCUUCAUGCAGAGUAUUGGAAGUCAGGCACAGCCAAUUAUGACACUGCCACAAGCACAGCCAAUGCCUGCUGCUCCAGCUGUGACAUCAUCCUCGGGAGUUUUUGUGCCUUCUCCUGUUCCUGGAGCUGGUUCGCCUGUCAUCACCUCCGUUCAGCCCGGCUCUGGGUUUGUGCCAUCUCCAUCUGGCAAUGCGAGCUUCGUGGUGACUAGUAUGAGUGGUGCAUCACCCGUGGCUGUCGCGCCCGGGACUGCAGCAGUGCCCAUGCAAUCUCCGCCAGCGUUCCAAAACAUUCCCGCAGGUGCAGAUCCUCCCUUCCCUGCCAAGCCAGCAGCCAAAGCCAAGGAGGAGAAGCCCAAACGAUCCAAAAAAAAGAAGGCCAAAUGCUGCGGCUGCUUCUGAGAGGAUUGGUGAAAUGGAAGAAGCCCAUGAUGGACAUAAUCAGGCAAUCUGGGCUUCCAGUUCUUAGGCCAGCUGCAGUGUGCAGCCGUGAUCCUUUUGCACCAAUGAUUGAAGAACAGACGUAGCAAGACAGAUUUGAAGAGCAGCUUGCUAUGCCACGCUAUCUAAAGGAAGAGCAGCUAGAAAC